AAACGUACGCAGUGGCUAUGGUCUAUCUAAACUGGUUUCAUCAGAUUUUUUCCCGAAAAACUCUGCACCAGCUAAUACACAUUUGCCACCGCUAUAUAAACUUGUCACAAUGCUCCGGUUGGCAUCAGUAUUCUUUCGAAUUUGAUCAACAAUACAACUCAAGUUCAUCAAACAAGAUGCUAUCGUUCCUUUCACUCUUUUCACUAGCCCUCCUCGCCUCUAGUGUUUAUGGAGGAGCUGUAAGCUACAUCUCCGGAGGACUUGAUCUAGGAGGAGCAGGGUUAGGAAAUGUCGCACUAGGUGGCCUCAGCUUAGGAGGUGUUGGUUUAGGAGGAGUUGGCUUGGGAGGAGUUGGCUUGGGAGGUGUCGCUCUAGGAGGCUUAGGAGGUCUUGGUUUGGGAGGUGUUAAGCUCGCGCCUAUUUCAGUCGCCUCUGUUGCUCCUAUCGCCCAUGUGGCUCCUAUCGCUUCUUAUGCUGCUCCAGCAGUUGGUGUUGCCAAAUCAGUGGACUACUACACCCCACCAAAGUACGAAUACAAAUAUGCCGUCGGUGACGGACACACGGGUGACCAAAAGCAGCAGAGCGAGGUACGCGUUGGUGAUGUUGUUCAUGGAGAAUAUUCUUUGGCUGAACCCGAUGGUACUAUUCGUGUGGUUAAAUAUACUGCUGACAAGGUGAAUGGUUUCAAUGCUCAAGUAUCCAGAAUAGGACACGCGGUGCACCCCCAAAAGUCUUACGUCACUGGAGGGCUCGGAUUAGGCGGGAUCAAAUUGCUGUAAUCAGAAAAGGAAAGACUGAUCGUCUUAUGUUGACCCCUGUGUUAUAUCCAUGAUCACCAACUUUAUUUUAAUUAGUCUUACUCACUGUAUAUUUUACCAUUUUUUAGCUUGUAAUGGCUCAUCUAAUUUAUUUUAUAAUGAACUCGGCAUUUUCUAGGUGUAUAGUGCGUUAUUUGUGUAAAUUAGGUUAGUAGACCCUUAUGUGUUCAAAGAAGCAAUAAAGUUGUUUGUUAUUUGAA